CUAUAACCCAACCUCACCUCUCUUCUCCAUCCUAGUUUUUCGUACGUCAAUAUAAAUCUAGGCCUAAACGUUAUAAUUUUCGGUUACUGUUAUGGUUGUUGUGGACAAAAAGAUGGCCCGAAACCGACAUGAAAAUAACAAAGGCAAAGACUCAGACAGUGAAGCAUCUAAUAAAGAGAACAAGAAGGAGAGAGGACGGGAAAAGGAGAAGAAAAAGAAAACUGGGAGUGACUCGUCUUCUAGAAGUGGCAGUACCAGCACCAGCUCGAGAAGUAGUUCAUCAUCAUCAUCAGGGUCCUCUUCAUCUCACAGCUCGAGCUCGAAUUCAAGAUCUAGCUCAAGCUCAAGCUCCACGAGCUCAUCCUCGACAGACAGCUCGGCUGCAAGAGCCAAGGCCAAACGUAAAGCUUCUGCUCCAGCAGCUAGUCGCAGCCGCAGUCCCGACACCAAGAAACCCAAGCAAGAUAAGGACAAAGAUAAAGAGAACAGGGAGAAGAAGGAAAAGAAAUCUGAGAAGCUCAAGACAGCAGUGAAAAAAUCACGCUCUCCGUCUCCAAAACGCAAACGUAAGGAGAGGUCACCGACACCCAAACCGCUGCGGAUCCAUGUGGGGAGGUUGACCCGUAAUGUCUCCAAAGACCACAUCUCCGAGAUAUUCAGCAGCUACGGAACCAUAAAAGCUGUGGAGUUCCCAGUAGACAGACUUCAUCCACCCCAGGGUCGUGGAUUCGCCUACGUGGAGUUUGAAACUGCCGAGCAAGCGGAGAACGCGAUGAAACACAUGGACGGAGGUCAAAUUGACGGACAAGAGAUCACUUGUGCGCCCGUGUUGCUACCCAAGAUGCGGCCCCGCAGGUCCCCUCCACGCAGGGGUCCCCCGCCUAGGUGGGGCGGUCCAGGGGGUCGGUCUCCUCCACGGUACCGUCGUCGCACACCUCCACCCCCGCGGCGCAGGAUGUCACCCCCUCGUCGGCGCCACUCCCCUCCCCCGGCCCGGCGCCGCAGGUACAGUCGCUCAUCAUCAAGCAGUUCUCGAUGACCUUCUACAACAGCUAUCACGGACAUUGCACUGCCAAACUGAUGUGUUGUGUAUAUAAACAAUGUGUUUUUUUUAUUUGUAAUUUUAUUAAGUGAAUAAAUACUAGUUAUU